AUGCUAAACAUUCCGGAUGUUCAGAGAGACAGGUCAGUACUUUCUGAUCUUCUGGAGGCAUUCCAGCCAAUCAGCAUGACAGACUGCUUUUUCGAAGGCAUGCAAUUGAUUCCAUCACCAGGAGACAUAGGUUAUCUAUAUGCUGGUGCAUAUUCAUUCGUUGGGACUAUCUUUGAUUCAGCACGUGCUGUCUCAUUUGCUUUGGCAUCCGACAUAUUGUUAAGCUUAGAAUCAGUACUUUCCUCUAUCCGAACUAUACUAGAUAACGAUCUCGAUGAUAUUGGAAAAGAUAUUCGCACAGGUUUUUCGAAAGAGCUACUUUCUUUUCUGUCAAAGAAGCUGGGAACUUUUGCUUACAAACUCUUGAUGGAAAAGUGUGAUGGCGUUAAUGACAUUGAAGAUGGUCAGAAAGUCAAAGCAGAGGUCAUUCAAAAGCUUUUACGAAUUUACUUGGAAAAUAGCGAGUCCACUUCCGAUUCCCUAAGUGAAUUUGCCUGCUCCGUUUUUCCCCAGGUUUCAUCACGCAAAUCAGCAGCGGAAGAUGGCUGUAGUUUUCCUACUCUAUGUCCUGCAACAUUUUGCAUUUGGUACCGGGUGAUGCAUGAAGAGAAUCUUGCUAUGAUUAACCGCUUGGUUAAGGAAAUUUCACUGCUGGAGAAAGCCAGAGGUGGAGUUGAAGUGGAAGAUGUCAAAUGCCUUCUGAAGAAACUACAACAAUCUGUUAAUGUAGUUGUGUCUUUAGUCAACAUGUGCAAGACUCACGAUAAGGUCAACGUCCGUGCAAUUGCUGUCAAGUUCGGUGGGAAGUUUGUUGACUCUUUCCUCAAAGCUUUUGGUUUCUUACAGGGGCAAUUUGAAUUGCAACGUGAGCAAAUAAUUCAGAUGGUUAGAGAGCUUCAGAUGGCAACGAGAACUAUACAGACGCUGUGUUCAGAAGCAAAGGGCAUGAAACAAACAGCAAUAACCAGCAAAAUCCCAAUCACCAAGAGAUCUAUGGAGCGGUUCUUGUUUCGUGUCAAGGAACUUCUUCACUCAACGUCAACUGGAUGCACUUUUUGGAUGGGCAAUCUAAAGCAUAAAAAUUUGAUGGGGGAUGUAGUAAGCUCCCAGGCAUAUAUAGAUGAUCAAAAUGACAAUAUGGACAAUGUUUCUAUGGAAGAUAUGGUUAUUGAUGAACCCACAGAUGUUGCUGGUGAAUGAGGACCUCAUUAAUUCAAGCAACUAGAGCUGACCUAAAAAAAUAUCCGACACAGCCAGAGCUGACUCAAGACAAUUAUGUGAGCGCUAUUGAUUUCUAACUCUUAUGUGUUUGUGCGUGAUCGGUGGGUGACUAGAUCCUUGGGGACUUGCCCAUCCUUUUUUGUUACGACUCUUCAUUUGCUGUAGAUUCCAUCCCUCAUACCUCAUGCUUGGUUCCCAAUAUGAGAAAUGCUGAAAUAGGGAUGAAUUCCGUAA